CCCUGUUCGGGCCCGACGGACGAAACAGUCGGAAGUUCCCCCCAAUUGCGGGCGCCACAGGCCACUUUUUCUGCAGUCUUGGCUCGGGAUCGGGGUUAAGCACCUCCGUUCCUCCAGUGCUCAAGGCAGCAACAGGCAGGGCUCCCGUAUUUCGUAUUCUGCUCUCUUUCACUCACUCACCCCGGCCCUGAUAUUAGAUCCGUGCUGAACAGUAAUCCCAAAAACCCAGGUCCGCUGCUGAUGUCAAUUGCGUUGAGUCAGCGGAACUUGGGACUUUGGGUUAUCCAUCAACGGCCCCUCGUCCUCUUUUUCCAUCCACCGUCGUAGCGCCAAAUCAGCAGCUCUACUAGGGUAUUAGCCUCGAUCUGGCUUUUUUAACCUUCUCUCCAGUCAAUCUCACCUUGGAUGCGUCAUCCACUGCCCGAUCCACCCUGCCCUCACGUUCCGAUCUUCAACUUCAGGGGAAAAGCUUCGGGGAAAGCACGUCUCCGACUUGCAUGAUAGUCAGCCCCGCAGUCUUUACUUAACACCGCCCUCCCUCCUCCAGCUCCACUUCCGCGGAGUUUCCACGCGCCACCUAAAAAAAAGUCACCAUCAUGGACGGCCUCGGGGAUGACGGCAUGGGUUUCGACAUGAACCAGAUGAUGAUGAACCACCAACAACAGCAGCAGCAGCAGCUUUAUGGCGGCUACUCGCAGGAUGGCUCCCAGAUGGGUGGUCUCGCGGGGUCGAUGUAUGCCGAUGAUUCGGCAUUGGCCGCGGGGGAUGACGCCAACGAUGCAAAGCGGCGGAGGAUCGCAAGAGCUUGCGAUAUGUGCCGGAAGAAAAAGAUCAAGUGCGACGGCAAGAUGCCCAAGUGCUCGCACUGUAUCAACUAUAAGACGGAUUGUGUCUUUACCCAAGUCGAGAAGAAACGAAAUCCCCCGAAAGGGGCGAAAUACAUCGAGGGCUUGGAAAACCGCCUGGGCCGCAUGGAAUCGCUCCUCCGACUCUCUGGCCUCCUCUCCGAAGAUGAUAAUGGAAAGACAGAUCUAGGAACGUUGGAAAAACGACUCGCCGAUCGAACGAAUGCUCUCAACGCGGCGAGAAAUACGAACACGUUUAACAUCCCGAGUGCAACCCAGCAACAAUCGGCCACUUCUCACAGUACCACACCCCACGUGGAAUCUCAAUCCAGUCCGCAUACCGCCGCGACUUCGCCCGAUUCACAAAAAGAGUCUGAGACAGAGGUUGAAGCGUUGUCAGAUAUGAUGUGCUCGCUGGUUACCAACAAUUGCGGCGAGACCCGGUAUAUAGGUUCCUCGUCAGGGUUCUCUAUAUUCUCUCCUAAAGGUAUUCAAUGGGUCAAUGAAAAAACGGGUGACACAUCCUUCCAAGAUAUGAUUGCCUCAGCGUACGUCGAUGACAACAAGUGGAUGUACUGGAAACCAGAGAUUUUCAGCGACAUCUUUGCGCGACGGGUGUUCAAGCCACUUCCACCCAAAGAAGAAGCUCUAUCCCUAUUCAAGGACUUCUUCGAAAAUUUCAACUGCAUGUUCCCGCUUUUCCACGAAGCGACCUUUAUGCACUUGGUAGAGCGACAGUACUCACGAGACCCAUAUGAGGGCUCGGGUUGGUGGGCCAGUAUCAAUGUUGUUCUGGCGAUUUCCCACCGCCUGCGUGUGAUGAGCAAUUUGGUGCCCCACGAGGAAGAUAAGAAGGCUUGGUUGUAUCUGAAAAAUGCGAUGGGGGUCUUGACUGAAUUGACAAUGCGGAACACUGAUCUCCUCAGUGUUCAAGCGCUGCUGGGCAUGUCCCUCUUCCUACAGGGCACUCCUAACCCUCAACCAGCAUUCUUUUUGGUUGCUGCAGCUAUCCGCCUUUCCCAUAGCAUUGGCUUGCACAAGCGAGGCUCCGGCUUCGGUCUGAAUCCGGUAGAGGUGGAACAGCGGAAGCGAGUCUUCUGGGUUGCCUACUGCCUUGACAAAGACAUUUGUCUACGUUCAGGAAGGCCACCAGUACAGGACGAUGAUGACAUGAAUGUCGAACUUCCAAGCGAAGACCCCCCAGAUAAUGUCGGACACGUGCCGCUCGCCGAUGGCAGAGGGAAAUUCAACCUCUUCCGGUCUCUCUGCGAAUUCGCUACCAUCGAGAGCAGAGUUUACAAGAGGCUGUAUUCUGCCAAGGCUUCAAAACAGUCCGACGGCGAAUUGCUCAACACCAUUGGCGAGCUGGACAAGGAACUAGAAGACUGGAAGGACAAUAUUCCCAUCGACUACCGACCUGAAUACGAAAUUCAAGCCACACAUGGACCUCUCCUCAUUCACGUCGUGGUUCUCCACUUCGCCUACUACAACUGCUUGACUACCAUUCAUCGCAUGUCCGUGCACCAUGGCUAUUGGACGAGUCGGUUGUCCAAUUAUGCUAUCCAAGGCUUGAAUGCCCGGCCGUUGAAUCCCAGAGUCUUCCUGUCCGCUGUCUUGUGCGUGACUGCUGCACGGGCUUCGAUCAACCUCAUCAAGUACAUCCCACAGGGAGACUUCGCUUGCGUUUGGUUGAUUCUUUACUAUCCAGUGUCCGCUCUUGUUACCCUAUUUGCUAAUAUUCUUCAAAAUCCGAAUGAUGCUCGUGCUCGGUCGGAUGUCAAAUUGAUGAAUGUGGUGGUCAACUUCCUCUCCACCUUGGUCUCUGAUGAGUCCAAUGGCAGCAUCAAACGCAUGCUUGGGCUGUGCGGUGAAUUCGAGAGAAUCGCCAAGGUCGUUCUCGACAAAGCUGAAAAGGAGUCUCAUGCGCGGAAGAAGCGCAAGGCCGCGCCAGAUGACUCUGCUACGCAAGAUUCGAAUGAACAACAACCCCAAACCUCUCCCUCGGCUAAACACGCAAAAGCUCCUCAUAAUACUCCCUUCUCACCUUCGAUGUUCGCCAACCAUCCCUCUGCUGGAGCUGCUUCGCCUAGUAAUGCGAAAGCUUUCAGCAAUGACCCUACCAUGCCACCUGGCUCCGGUAUUUCCGGUGACUUCCCGAGCAACGUUCAUGCCAUGUCUGGUCUGGGACAAGAUUUCCAAGAUAUACUGAGCCCUGAACAGUUGGCCGGUGUUGGAUUCCCCGACCAAUCCUUCCGACCUACCAGCCCCAAUACGGGACCGUUCCAGCAGCCGUUUGUUCCACAAGAUCUUUGGCAGAUGCCUAUGACUAUCGAAUGGGACUGGGCAGACAUGUCGACUAAUUUCCCUGUUUUUGAAGGCGUUGGUGCCAAUGGCCAGCCUCAGUGAAAUCAUGGCCAAAUGGCUCGGAUAUGAGGCAGAAAGCUAUGGGGGUUGUAUCUUUUAUUACUUAGAUUUAUGGCGCUUGGUAGCGGUUUCACGGGCUGGGUCAUUAUUUGGGCUGUUUUCUGUUGGAUUGAGCGUUGCUUCUCCCCUCUAUUAUUACUACUACACACCUUCCUCUCUCCCUACUUUCAUGUACAUUGAUGCGCUCGUCUACUCUUGAUCAAAGAGCAAAGGGCGCUCUGGAGUAAAGACUCCAAAAGUUCCACUCAGCGAAGAUAUCUC